UUUCCCUAAUUGCUUUUUGAGAAAGAAUCAGAUAUAUCAACUAUCUCUUUCGAAAAUCAAAACCAGGUUUCCAUAAUGUAUAUUUAGUUAUUGUAGACUUGGAUGGACCCGUAGUCUGUAGAAAAGGGACAUCUGGUUAGUAUUAAUCUUCGAGCUUCUGUUCAAGGCUACUUGGAAAAUAUUUACUGCCAAACGGAAAAGCACUAUAUAGCUAAUCUUGGUCUUUACGUCUAAUCAUGAAAGACUGGAAGCUUAUGCUUUUUAUUCCGUUCUGUAUAAGAUGUGCACUAAAGGGGUACCUGAACUUGACAAACCAACAAUUGAUUCGUCUUCUUAAUGAAGAGAGUUUGGUCAUAGCUGAAUACAUUGCGGACACCUGCUCUACUCAGGCGAUGGUAAACAUCUCUUUUGGAAAAUUGUAUCUUUCAGUGAUUUCAAUAAUGAUUUAUAAAGAAAUAGAAAAAUGUGUUUAUGAGUGCUUAAGUAUGAUUUACCACUUGUCUGGAAAGCACGACAUGGCUAUUAGAUAUUAUGAGAAGCUUCUUCACUUAGUCAAAGAUAACAAUGACGCUAAAAGGGAAGCAUCAUUGUACGGGGAUCUAGGAAAAGCCUACAAGUCUUUAGGCAAAGUUGACGAAGCAAUCAAGUACUACACAAAGCAACUGGUCCUCAUAGAGACGAUGGAUUGCAAGGAGAGAAUCAAUUAUGGGCAUCGGAAUUUGGGAGCUGUCUAUCUUUCUAUGGAAAAGAAUUUCGAGGCGAUCAAACAUUUUGAGAAAUUUCUUACCAUUUCCAUAAAGACAGGCGAUAAAAAAAUCCAAUCAGUUGCUUAUGGCAACUUAGGAACCUGCAGUCAGUCAGUAAGUGAUUUUGAAUCCAUAGCAUACUUUAACGAAUGUUUGAAAAUUGCUUUGGAGACAAACAGUAAAGACGUUGAGAUAAGAAUGUACUUGGGAAUUGCAGAAACUUUCUCUUCUCUUGGAAGACACGAUGAGGCUUUGGGCUAUCUAAAAAAGGUCGUUAGCAUAGCCAAAGAACUUGGAGUCAAAAGCAGCAAAGGUUUGGUUUAUGAAAAAAAAGGAGCAGUUUUUGAGGCAUUAAGCAUUGCCAGAGAGACGGGGAACAAAGAGCAUGAAUUGGUUUCCCGUGAAAAGUUAGGAGUGAUUUACAUUGAAUUGGGCAAAUUCCAUGAAACUCUCCAAUGCUAUGAAAGGGUUUUGGAUCUUCUGAGAGAGACAGGGCUCGUAGUAAGACUUCAAGUAACUUAUGGUAACAUAGGAAACCUCUAUCAAAAUGUAGGUAACAGUGAUAAUGCAUUAAAGUAUUUUCAAAUGGGCUUAAGCCUCUGUCAGAACAGAGGGGACAGAAAAGGGGAAGCGAGUGCCUACAUACGACUGAGCGAUGUUUAUACAGAGCAAGGUAAAUGCCAAGAAGCCAUGAAUUGUUCUAAAAAAUCCUUGAACAUAACACAAGAGAUACGUGAUAAGAAAGGAGAAGGUUACUCUGUCAAGAAUAUGGGGCGUGCUUACUUAAUGCAAGACAUGGACAACGAAGCACUGAAAUGCUUCGAAAGAUCACUAGUAAUUGCCAAAGAGAUAGGCAGCAAGAAAAUUGAAAUGAAUGCAUACUUUCACCUUGGUUACUUAUAUCAAAAAUGCAAGGAACACACGAAGGCUUUUGAUCAUUAUGAGAAAGCGUUAAGACUUGCUGUAUCAUCUUAGGAAACAAGCAUGCCGAACUAUCAGCUUGCCAUAA